GAGUUUAACUGUUCCAGUUUACAGGAGGACUGAAUCGAUCCAUCUUUUAUCGAUUAGCUGCUCUGCUGUAUCUGCGAUCAUCUUAUACUGUCUGAAGCAUCCCACAAUGCUUUGCGCUUCAAAAUAGUUGCCAGUCAUUGUAGGAGCGAAGAAACCGAAACAUCAUGAAGGAGACAGCGGCCAAGCGGCGGGACAAAGCGGGAGGCCGGGACCGGGACUCCAAAGCCGAGAAGCCGAAGGACCCGGGCCCCGAGCCGCAGGACGUGGAGAUGCCGGAGGAGGAGGCGGCUAACGCGGCUAAACAGCCCAAAGAGCUGGACAGCCUGACUCUGGAGGACAUUAAGGAGCAUGUGAAGCAGAUAGAGAAGGCGGUGUCGGGGAAGGAGCCUCGCUUCGUCCUUCGGGCUCUCAGAGCAUUGCCGUCCACCAGCCGUCGUCUCAACACCAACGUGCUGCAUAAAGCCAUCUUUGGCUUCUUCACCAACAACACCACCACCAGAGACUUCCUGCUCGCCUUCCUGGAGGAGCCCAUGGAGAUGGCGGACGGAGACGUCCAGUUCCGUCCGAGGACGGGUAAAGCAGCGUCAGCUCCGCUGCUGCCGGAGGUGGAGGCUUACCUGCAGCUGCUGCUGGUGGUUCACCUGACCAACAACAAGAGAUACACCGAGGCUCAGAAGGUUUCAGACGACCUGCUGCAGAAGAUCGGCUCUAAGAACCGCAGAGCUCUGGAUCUGGUCGCCGCCAAGUGUUACUAUUACCACGCCCGAGUGUACGAGUUCCUCAACAAGUUCGACACCAUGCGCAGUUUCCUCCACACUCGCCUGCGUACGGCGACUCUGCGCCACGACGCUGACGGUCAGGCCGUCCUCCUCAACCUGCUGCUGAGGAACUACCUGCACUUCAACCUGUACGACCAGGCCGAGAAACUCGUGUCCAAGUCAGUGUUCCCUGAGCUCGCCAACAACAACGAGUGGGCCCGAUACCUGUACUACACAGGUCGUAUUAAGGCGAUCCAGUUGGAGUACUCUGAGGCGCGCAGGACUCUGACCAACGCUCUGAGGAAAGCUCCACAACACACUGCUGUGGGCUUCAAACAGACGGUCCACAAGCUGCUGAUCGUGGUGGAGCUGCUGCUGGGAGAGAUCCCCGACAGACUGCAGUUCAGACAGCCGUCGCUGAAGAGGUCGCUGAUGCCGUACUUCCUGCUGACUCAGGCGGUGAGAACAGGUAACCUGGCCAAGUUUAACCAGGCGUUGGAGCAGUUUGGGGAGAAGUUUCAGACGGACGGGACAUACACACUCAUCAUCCGCCUGAGACACAAUGUCAUCAAGACCGGUGUGCGUAUGAUCAGCCUGUCGUACUCUCGUAUCUCUCUGGCCGACAUCGCUCAGAAGCUGCAGCUCGACAGCCCGGAGGACGCAGAGUUCAUCGUCGCCAAGGCGAUCCGUGACGGAGUGAUCGAGGCGAGCAUCAACCACGAGAAAGGCUUCGUCCAAUCGAAAGAGACUAUGGACAUCUACGGGACCAGAGAGCCUCAGCUGGCUUUUCACCAGAGAAUCUCCUUCUGCCUGGACAUCCACAACAUGUCUGUCAAGGCCAUGAGGUUUCCUCCUAAAGCUUACAACAAAGACCUGGAGUCAGCAGAGGAGCGUCGGGAGCGGGAGCAGCAGGAUCUGGAGUUCGCCAAAGAAAUGGCUGAAGACGACGACGACAGCUUCCCAUGAUCCUCCCUGCUGACUUCCUGUGCAGACAGGAAGUAGUUGCGUGUCUGCACGCUGAUGUUAGUAGAUCAGUUAUUACCCACAAUCCCCCUCUCCUCUCUCUCCUCCCUCUCUGCUGUGUAUUCCUGCUGUUUGUUGUUUCUCUCACUCAGACAAAUAAAACACACUUUGGUUUUGUUUACA